GGUCUGGUUUCCUGAACCUCACCCGUAAAGAGCGCGAUGGCCGACAAACUGCGCACCAGCUCUUCGACAGCCCGAUCGGAGCCGAGGAUCUUCGAGGAAUGUGAGACAGACGGCUGGGUAGAAAGGCACGUCUCGCUGCUGGAAUUGGACGUCAAGAACCCACGCUACUCCACCAUCAUCUUCGCAACAGCAUCAGACUUCAACAACCCCGAACACCUGUCCCUCUUCCCGCCACGCUUCCAACCAACAAUAACCGACGACCUAAACGGCGCCUUCGAGUGCGAAGACAUCCCAGACGAAACAGGCCAAUUCUUCACGCAGCAUACCUCAUGGUCAACCUACAAGAUCAAGCGGGUGCUACAACCAAACCAAUACCACUGGACGCAAGCCACGCUACUAAUCCACUGGAACUCUCACACAAAGAUCCAAAUAAUCUACAUCAUCGACCUUCCCGGCGCGCCGCGCGAGUUUUUGAAGACUGUCCCGCCGGGGCGGCUGCGCGCCCACGAUCCCUACGCCUGGCAUGCUGCGUUCGCGACGGCCAUGAUCCCGGAGUAUGAUCGGUCGAUUUGGGGGCUGAGGCAUUUGGUGCGGGAUAUUGAGAAGGGAAGAGUCGACCCCUCAACCCUUACCCCGGAUUUCUUCCCGCACCUCCACGACAUCGCCCGACAUAUCUUCCACGCCAACGAGACGCUGGAGGUCGCCCAGCAUACGCUGGAUAGUCUGGUGAGAGAGCAGAUCCGGUCGGCGGGGUUGUAUCAUGGCCUGCACGCUGGGGCGAACUCGCAGCAGCAGCACAGCCAUACCCAUACCCAUACCCAUAACAACCACAAUCAUAACGACAGCAAUACAAGGACCAUCUGCAAUGCCCCAACCAACCACCCCUCCACGCUACAAACCGAGCGCUCCCUGCGCUGUCUAGCGAAACAGCUUCACGCACUACAUACCCGCAGCCGCUCGUUGACGGAGCGGUUGCAUAACGAGAUAAAUCUCGGCUUCAACCUCGUCUCGCAGCGGUUCGGACACGACGCGAAAUCCGACUCGGCGAUGAUGCGCACCAUCGCUGUUGUCAGUAUGGUUUACCUGCCGGGGACGUUUGUGUCGGGCCUCUUCGGGACCAACUUUUUUAACUUCACCGACGGCGACGAACAUACCUGGUUCAUGGCCGGCUCGUUCUGGCUGUACUGGGCUGUGACGAUCCCGCUGACGCUGGCGACCAUGGCUGUCUGGGCCUGGUGGCAUUAUCUCUCGCCAGCCAAAAGGAACGCGAAGAACCCGGUCAGAGGGCGGGUCGAGACGGCUUGGUUGGAUUCGAAGGGUAUUGUGUGAGUACGGUGAGAGAGCACACCGCUGGAGAUGAGGUUGGUUAUGAGCAAGAAUAAGUGAUGAUUACGAGGUGGACGAGUUGAUGUAUAACGGAAUAUGAUUAAUGAAUUGGGUAUGCACUAGCUAAGUCAUAUGGGAGCAUUCAGCUCCACAUGCUGAAUCGGAAGC